UUAAUAUUGCCUUCUGGUCGGUUUGUAUCUUACCUGCGUGCGCAUAUUAAAUAUAUUGCUAUACAUUCGGUUUGUUCUUGUGAAAAAUUUAGAUUUUUGAAUUUUUUUUUGUAUUUAAAUUUUUGUUUUCGUUACCGAUUUUCAAUGUUGUUUUUGAUUUAUGAAUGAAUUUUUGGUGUUUUACGUGACUGAAAUUUUGAGAAUUAACUUCCAAUUAAGAAUAUAUUGACUAUUCAACGGGGCUUAGUGUUUUGUGUUCCAAUCAAACGAUUCAUUUGAUUAAUUAGAUUCACUGUGCUAAUUAAUCUGACAGAAUUGGAUUACAACUUCAUUCGAACGGAAUUAAUACAGUUUCCGAACCGGAGGGAUGGAUAUAAAUGUUAUACAAGUGAAUUGAGAAAAAAUUAAAGAAAAUUCAAUGAAUGGUUCACGUUUAUAAGUACUCCUCAGUCGAAGGAUGUGUGAUCAUAGUGCUGAAAACAGAUCAUGUGCAGUGACAACAGUGGGAAAAGCACAAAUGUGCCAAUAAAUGUUACUUAAAGAAAGAAGAAGAAAAGAGUUUCAACGGAAGAAAAUCGAAAGAAAAGUUUUAUCGCAAAUGUGUAGUGAAUUAUCAAACGUUUAUGACUUCAUGCAUUUAAAUAGGAUUAUAGUACGAUAACCCAAGGAUUUGGCGAAUACGACGCAAUGGGUACCAGCGACUCUUGUUUUUGGACAUUUGUCGCUGUACUAUUGACCAUGACUAGGAUAACCAAAGUUUGUGCAUCCGGCAACUUCGAGCUUCAAAUAUUGGAAAUAUCGAAUACGAACAGUCAUCUGCUAUCGGGUUACUGUUGCGGUGUUCCAUUAUCGAUGAGAAGUACUAAAACCACUGGAUGUCCACCAUGUUCGACGGCAUUUCGACUGUGUUUGAAAGAAUAUCAAAGCACACCGAAUCAGGCGGGCAUUUUAAGUGGCUGUUCGUUCGGAAAUAGUAGCAGUAAAGUUAUAGGUGGUUCCAGUUUUGUGCUAACGGAUCCGGAAGUGGGUUCAAUGGUUUUACCAUUUACGUUUCGUUGGACGAAAUCGUUUACAUUAAUACUUCAGGCAUUGGACUUCUACAACACCUCAUAUCCAGUGUCAGAGCAAUUAAUUGAAGAGACGUCAUUUUCGGGUGUUAUUUUACCAUCACCUGAAUGGAAUACAUUAGAUCAUAUUGGCAAGAAUGCUCGAAUAACAUAUAGAGUACGUGUGCAAUGUGCAGCCAAUUACUAUAAUACAACGUGCACCACAUUUUGUAGGCCAAGAAAUGAUCAAUUUGGUCAUUACACAUGUGGCGAUCGAGGGACGAAGGUCUGCAUAUCGGGUUGGCAAGGAGCUAAUUGCGAUAAAGCGAUUUGCAAACCUGGCUGUGAUCCGAUACAUGGGAAAUGUGAUCAUCCUGGCGAGUGCGAGUGUCGACCGGGAUGGCGUGGUCCGUUAUGUAACGAGUGUAUGGUGUAUCCGGGAUGCAGACAUGGAUCGUGUAAUGGAAGUGCGUGGCAAUGUAUCUGUGAUACGAAUUGGGGAGGAAUAUUAUGUGAUCAAGAUUUGAACUAUUGUGGAACACAUGAACCAUGUAUGCACGGUGGAACGUGUGAAAAUACUGCACCUGAUCAAUAUCGUUGCACAUGCGCCGAAGGUCUAUCAGGCCUUCGCUGUGAAAUCGUGGAACAUCCAUGCGCCACCAAACCAUGCAAAAACGGUGGCACGUGCGCCCUUAAGGAUCCUGCUAAAUACGAUAAUAAGAGUAAUAAAGAAUUGGAUGGUGUCGGUGGUGUGGAACAAACAACGGCUGUUGUUGUGCGUGGUAUGCGUGGGAUGAGCUCAAUGGGUAAACCACAACGACCCGCAACAGAUUUGCGUAGUACACUGCUGGGGAUGCAACCGAAGAGUCAGCAAGUGUUGAAUGUUGCAGAGUUUACGUGCACGUGUACAACGGGAUGGACUGGUUCUACAUGCGAAAUAAACAUCGACGAAUGUGCUGGCGGUCCGUGCGAACAUGGCGGUACUUGUAUCGAUCUUGUCGGUGGUUUCCGAUGUGAAUGUCCACCGGAAUGGACCGGCGAUGUAUGCCAAACCGAUGUGGACGAAUGCGAAUCGAAUCCCGCUUCGAAAUUGGGACCAUGCGUCAAUGCGAAUGCGUGCCAUAAUACACCCGGUGCAUUCACUUGUUCCUGCCAGGACGGCUGGGGUGGAAUGACUUGCGCUAAAGAUUUAGAUGAUUGUUUGGGUCAGUGUAAGCAUGGUACUUGCAUCGAUUUGGUGAACGACUAUCAUUGUGCUUGCUCUAGCGGAUUUACGGGCCGCAAUUGUGAGACAGACAUAGACGAAUGUUUAACAUCUCCAUGCCGAAACGGUGGUGAAUGUGUCGAUUUGAUUGGAAAGUUUAACUGUAUUUGUCCGGUUGGCUACUUUGGAACGCUCUGUGAGGAAGCCAAAGACCACUGCUCACCGAUACCGUGCGUUGAAGGCACAUGCUUGAACACUCCAGGUGGAUAUUACUGUCAUUGUCCACCGGGACGAUCUGGAAAGCAUUGCGAACUGGUCAGACCGCCCUGUGAAACACCUCCUUGCAACAAUGAUGGCUGUUCACCAAGCCAUAAUGAGUCGAUUUCAUCGACUCCCUGUAGUGGUCACGGUAGAUGUGAAACUACAUCAAAUAAUAAUCAGCAUUGUGUAUGUAGUUCGGGAUACUUUGGACCAUUUUGUGAGCACAACCUCAACGAUUGCACACCGAAUCCAUGUCAGAACGGUGGCAUAUGUAUUGAUGGUGUUGGCGAAUUCAGCUGCGAAUGCACCUCGGGUUGGUCAGGUAAAAAAUGCACAGACAGAGUUACACAGUGUUUGCCAGGUCAAUGUCUAAAUGGCGGUUCGUGUGUAAAAUCGUUGGCGGUAGGAGGCGAAAAUGCACAGUGCCGUUGCACAAACGGAUGGGGUGGACCAUUUUGUUCCGAACCGUUUGAUCAAUGCCAAGGACAACCGUGCCAUAAUGGCGGUACAUGCGAAUCCGGACCCGGUUGGUUUCGUUGCUUGUGUGCACCAGGAUUCUCGGGACCGGACUGUCGAAUAAAUGUAAAUGAAUGCUCACCGCAACCGUGCCUGGGUGGAGCAACGUGUCAAGAUGGAAUUGGUACCUUUUCAUGCAUUUGUCCACCGGGACGACGAGGGAAACGAUGCGAAAUUCUACUGUCGGAUCCAGCAUCGGUCUGUUUAAACUCAACGUCACUAUCGCCCUACAACGCAAAAGCUGAAGAUAAUACACCGCCUAACACAACCGAUGAAACCAGUUGCAAUUCUUGCAUUUGUUUUAACGGUCAACCGAAAUGUUCAAACAUAUGGUGUGGACUACCCAAUUGUCUGCGCAAGAAUUCGUCCUCGUCGUUGUGUGAACUACAUGAAGUGUGCGUUCCUGCUCUACAGGAAACGUGCCUGUCUCCUCCUUGUAUGCCGAGAGGAGAUUGUCGUCUACUUGAACCUUCACGUAGAGUAGCUCCACCGAAACUACCGGCUUCUAGUGAUUGUUGGCCGAAUCAAGCCAUACUCGGAGAAACCUGCGCCAGAAUAACGAUCUUACUGGAAAAUCGUCGAAUUCCAUCGGGUACAUCCGUCGAAGGAUUGUGUCAUGAUUUACGAACGUUGGUUGGUACACGGAUCGUCAAAGCCAGCCAAGAGGCUGCUCCGCCCUUGCUGAUUGUUCUUUGUGAUAUCAAGACGGGGAAUAAUGAUACCGUUGAAGUUACAGUGUCUUCAACACCUCAAGGAAAACAUGUUGUGUCGAACGCUAUAAAAUAUUUGGGAGAACUGUUGUCCCGCCAGGGCUCAAACUUAGGUGAUAGUUACUUAAUCGACCAGCCAGAAACGGCAGCGUUGGCAGCAAUUCUUGAAGUGAAGGUCGAAACUGCCCUAAUUGCUUCAGAACCAGAUAAUUCCAGCUUUCUGCUAGCCGUAGCAUGUGGUACCGCUGUCGCUAUAUUAUGUUUAGUCGCACUAACCGCACUUAUGUGGCGACAUCGCUCCACUGGCAUAUGUGCUUCAGCGCUGAAUCUAUCUCCAUCAAACGGAGACUCCCGCCACGAAGAAGAGAAAUCGAAUAACCUGCAAAACGAAGAGAAUUUCCGACGUUAUGCCAAUCCCCUAAAGGGAAGCGUAACAUCGCUGCGUGGAGCUAUCGAACUGAGCUUGCAACCAGUUCCCGAAAUAUCACAAACGGUCACUCUAGCUGGCCCAUCCAUUGUGCAUCGAUCCCAGCCGCUGUUUCCGGCAUGCGAUUCCGAUUUCGACAAAGAAACCGAUCACACCAAAUCGCAUCGAGGAUCUCAAAUUUUGUUGUACAAAGCACAGAAUCCGGACAUGCGCAAAAACACGGUCGGAUCGAUCGAAAGUCCGCACAAGGAUUUCGGUAAACGGUCGAUUAAUUGUCAAUCAAUGCCACCGAUUGAUCAGGAUGUGUUGACGGUGCAUGUGUGAGAGAAGUAUAAUUUGAUAUUGUGAGUCCGUGCGAUAGGUCCGUAUCGUAACGGUUCGAUAUUUAAUUUAUUUUUCUUUUCGUGGACUUAUUAGGGUAAUUAAUUUAUUAUUUUUGUUUUAAAAUAAAAAAUUGGAAAAACUGUUGCUAGCAAAACAAUUUAAAAUCUUGCCUGAGAGUUGAUUGGAAUGGGUGUUAUGAACAAAAGUUUUUUUUUGGCUUUGCUAAUUUCUACGUAACGGGAAAACAAACGGAAGAGUGUAAAAUGAUCAGUUGUAUUAUAGUUUUAACUUAACGAUAGAAUUUUAAUUUUUUUUUUUUUUAACUUUUUUAUAAUAUUUCCAUAAAAGAAUGAGUUGGUUGUAAAUAUAGCUUCCACAGUGUAGAUGUUAUUAAUUAUGCUGUUAUGAGCAGAAAGAAGUUUCAUGAACCAGAAAGUGCAAUUAGAAUGUCAUUUUUAUUAAUUUUUUUUUAGAAUUUUCCUCGCAAUUUUUUUGUUUUAUUUUAUGUUUUCUAUCAAUUUACUACAUUUUGAAAAACCGCCAUUUUUUUACAAGUUACUCUUGUACUGGAUGACGAGUGAGCAAGAACGGGAGCAAUUUUUUCUCAGUUUGUAAACCAAAGGCUUAUGCAGAAUCAGCAACAGCUGUACAUCUCCAGCUGGUCGACAAAGACAAUACCUUUGUAUCGAAAACAAUUCAAAGGCAAGCUAUAUACAGUGCAUACACACGUUAAGGUCUGUAUGUGCGCAAGUAAACUCGUUGUUUAGAAUGUGUUUUGAUUGUAUAUUAUACAAGUAGAGUGUGUUUGUUGAUCAGCUUGUAAAGUUCAGCUGUUGCUGCUUCUGCAUAAAACUUUGAUUUACAGAAUGUAUUUCAUGAUUUUUUAAGAAUUUGUUAAGUGCAAUAAACCUUUUGCAAAUCUGUAGCCUAUAUUUGGGAGUAAAAAAAUGGUUUUACUUUAUCGAAAAAAGAUUUUGUUUCAGAGAAAUCAUCAAAAAAUUAUUAUUUUUUACUCCAAAAUUUAGGCUACAAAUUUGCGGAGGGGUGAUCGCUCUUAAGAGUU